AUGAUCUAUCUGCGCAAGCUUGUGCGCGACUCGAAGAAGAUCAUCGAGCCCGAGCUGGCCGCUCGCCGCGCUUCACGGGGUGAUAUCAAGAAACCAAAGGAUUCUCUGUCUUGGCUGGAUGAUGUGCGGGGAGGCCGGUCGUUUGAUGUGGUCUCCGGGCAGUUGUUCCUGACCGUGGCUGCAAUCCACACCACUUCGAGCGUCAUCACGGCAACUAUGUACGACCUGAUCUCGAACGUGGGGUAUAUUCUGCUGCUCCGUGAUGAGAUCAAUCGUGUUUACAACGAGGACGGAGGCUGGGAGAAGACGAGCCUCUACAAGUUGAAGCUCAUGGAUAGCUGUAUGAAGGAGAGCCAGCGUAUGAUUAUUCUUGGCCCUAACAUGAGGAAUCGCUAUGCGGAAGACGAUGUCACACUUCCCGACGGUACCCUCAUCCGCAAGAGCUGCCCCAUUACGAUACCGACGCUCCACAUGUGCGACAAGAAGAUAUGUGGCUCAAAUGCCGAUGACUUCAUGGGUAUCGAUUUCUGUUUUGUUAGCAUAAGCCCGGAGAUUCUGAGCUUUGGACACGGAAAACACGCAUGUCCGGGUCGUUUCUUCGCCAGUAACGAGAUAAAGAGUGCACUCAUUCACCUGUUGAUGAAGUACGACUGGGACAUUGUCGGGAAGAAGCCCAAGAGCGGUUCGUACCGGGUCCCGAGACGCUUGUGGCAUACCGGUCUAGGACACCGGAGAUUGAUAUCUGAAGCAGUUAAAUAUGGCUCGGAUCAUUGA